UAUGACGUCAGGCAGUGGCAGGUCUCGCCCGCCUAUUCAAUAUAUCUGCAUGAAGUUUUUAUUUUCAAUUUGAAAGACUCGAAGAGGCUUUUUUUGGUUUUCUUCCCGUCUCCUCCCAGAUUAGUGUGUUUUUAAAACGUUUAAAGAAUUGGCUUCUGAAAGGCACGACUACUGAAGGGUGGAUGCGCAGUAUAUUGCUUGGAAUCCAUUGGAAAGCGUCAGGCUGGAAGCGUCUGGCACAAUAGCCAGGCAAAGGAGCGAACGUUCAGACUGGAAAUUGGCCAAUCAUAUCAAUUUGCUGAAACGAGGGCACUCUGGGAUCUGCGGGUGUCGCAUGGAUGAAUCAAACCAUGAUGGUGAAGCAAUUUCAUAAAAAUGUUGCUGCUGUAUCUUUGUGUCUCUGACAAAUAAUAAAAUGAGCUAAAACUGACAUUCAAGCAGAGAGACUUUAUCAAAAAUUUGUUUUUCAUUUUCCUGAGCUGUUAUUAUGGCAAGCAAGAGAAAGUCAACGACUCCGUGUAUGGUCCUUCCUACAGAUGCUAUUGAGCAAGACCCAGACCUCGAGAUUAAUUCAGAUGUGGAAGAAAUUCCAGAAGCUGUAACUGAACCCCCAGUUGAAAGCAUUCCUGUUUCAGCAGGCAGUGUGUCAAGUGAUGAAGUGCAUGAUUCUGAAACUAUUUUGGACUCCACAGAUGGGAAAAAACUUGAAGGAGGUUAUGAAUGUAAAUAUUGUAGUUUCCAGACUACCAACCUCAAUCUAUUUACAUUUCACGUUGAUUCGGAGCAUCCAAAUGUGGUUCUGAACUCCUCCUAUGUUUGUGUGGAGUGUGACUUUUUUACUAAGAGAUAUGAUGCCCUCUCGGAUCAUAAUUUACGCCAUCAUCACGGAGAGGAUAACUUUAAAUUGACAAUGGUUAAGCGAAACAAUCAGACAAUCUUUGAGCAAACCUUAAAUGAUUUAAUUUUUGAUGGCCAUUUUAUACAGCAGGAAAAUGAGGAAAAUGAAGAUGCAAUGGCAGCAGGAAUUCCAAUUAGCAAAACGCCGAUUAUGAAAAUGAAGAACAAAGUUGAACCGAAAAAGAUUGCUGUACCUCACAAAGCUACCGAUGAAAUUCAAUCAAAGGAUGAAAGUGAACCUGAACUGGAAUCCAAAGAUAAAGCAUCAAUCUCUGUUCCUGCUCUUUCUCCAGUAACCAUACCAACUCCUGCACCUGUUCCUGUGGCUGUUCCUCCUCCUGCACCAACGCCUGUCUGUGUAUCAGCUGAAACUGUUCCACCUUCUGUUCCUUUAGAACCUGUAAAAUUAAGUGGUGUUAUCAAUCCACCAAUUCCUGAUCCAAGUAAAACCUUAAUUGGUGCUGCUACAGUUCUCCCAGCAGGAUUGGCUCAAGUCCUUUCUGCUCUCCAAUCCCAACAAGCCCCUAGAACUCAAGUCUUGAUACCAGUAAGCAGCAUUCCAACUUAUAACUCUGCAAUGGAUAAUAAUGCUCUACUAGUCAGCACUUACAAUAAAUUCCCUUAUCCAACCGUACCAGAAAUUGUGAACUUAUCAGCUCAGACAAAGUAUACAGAAGAGCAGAUAAAAAUUUGGUUUUCCGCACAGCGCCUUAAACAUGGUGUUAGCUGGACACCAGAAGAGGUUGAUGAAGCCAGAAGAAAACAAUUCAAUGGCACGGUACACACAGUGCCCCAGACAAUCACUGUUAUUCCAGCACAUUUGUCUGCAGCCACCAAUGGCUUGCAGCCCAUCCUACAGACUUGCCAGAUAGUUGGUCAACCAGGCAUCGUAUUAACCCAAGUUGGUGGUGCUGCCCCACUGCCGGUUCCAGCUCCUCUCACUCUCACUGUUGCAGGGGUACCUAAUCAGGCACAGCUGCCAAAAUCUACUGUACAAACGGCACAUACUACUGUAGAAACAAAACGUGCAACCCCAGUUGUCCAGCCUCCUCCUCCUCCUCCUCCUCCACCACCGCCACCACCACCACCACCUCCUCCACCUCCCCCCCUACUUCCUCCUGUCCCACCAACCUCUCAGGAGAGUUCUUCCCUGAGCCCAGAGCAGUGUGGAUUACGUAAUAAAAAGUCUAAGGAGCAGCUGGCAGAAUUGAAAAACAGCUAUCUGAAGCAGCAUUUCCCCAGCGACAGUGAAAUUUUGCGCCUAAUGAAGCUGACUGGCCUAACCAAAGGGGAGAUCAAAAAAUGGUUUAGUGACACACGAUACAAUCAGCGAAAUUCCAAAAAUAACCACGUUCUUGGCCUUGGUGAUAACACUACAAUAGUAAUUGACUCAAGUGAUGAGACCGUAGAAUCUCCUCCUUCAGGACCUGCCAAGGAAUCUCGUAGACCAUCCUGGGACCAUUUUUCUGACAUUACACUUCAGAAGUUCAAGGAAAAGACACCAGAGCAGCUGGAAGUGCUGGAGGAAAGUUACCAGAAAAGCUCCACUCCCACUGAUGAGGAACUAAGUCGAUUGAGAUCAGAAACUAAACUGACCAGGCGAGAAAUUGAUGCUUGGUUCACAGAAAAAAGGAAAGCACCUGAAGUACCAGAAACAAAAUCUGAUAAGAAGGAAAGCGAAUCAGCUAAAUCUAUCAUUACUCCAAUUAAGGUGGAAACUCCGACGCCACCUACAACUGGAAGAUCGCGUUAUGGCAGAGACAAAAUUGGGAAAAAGACCCCAGAACAGCUUCAUAUAUUGAAGAGUGCCUUUGUGCGUACACAGUGGCCCUCAGCAGAAGAGUAUGAUAAGCUGGCAGAAGACACCAGCCUACCCAGAGCUUACAUUGUAAGCUGGUUUGGAGAUACAAGAUAUGCCUGGAAAAAUGGCAACCUUAAAUGGUAUUAUUACUAUCAGAGUGGCAACAUUGGAGCAAUUAAUGGCAGUGGUUAUAGGAGGCGGGGAAGAGGUAGAUCUAGGAGCAGAGGGAGAGGAAGAUCCAGAGGAAGACCCAGGGGAAUGAAGCGGCCAGCCGCCUGGAGCAGGUCACCUCCAGCAAUUAGAUUUAAAACAGGAAAAGAAAUCCUUAAAGAAUACUAUUUGAAACACAGAUUCUUAAAUGAGCAAGACUUAGAUGAACUUGUUGCCAAAUCUAAAAUGGGUUACGAGCAAGUCCGAGACUGGUUUGCAGAAGUUCAGCAGAAGGAGGAAAUGGGAGCAGAUCCUUUUGAGACCAGUGGUGACAUUGAGAACCUGGAAGAAGAGCCAUCUCAAGGGGAAAAUGAAGUAGAUGUUUUGGUUGGCGAAGGUGGAGGAGAUGGAGAUGAAGAUGAUGAUGAAACUGAUGACAGUGAUACUUGGGAACCUCCUCGACAUGUCAAACGUAGGCUAUCAAAGUCUGACGAUUAGCUCAAUACCAGGUAGGUUCUUGAGGUAGAACAGAGAAGACCAGAGGCAGGAGCCUUCAGUCAUAAACACCAGGCCUUGGUUUUAUUUUUCUGAUGCAAAGACAACUUUCAAAAAUGUUUUUCAGUGAAGAGGUGAACUAUGGUGCCAAAGCAACAGUGCUGCAACGGGAAGUGCUCGCUGCACUCCGCACAGAAAGCUGUGCUGGUGCAUUUGUACAAGUCGUGGCCGUUUUAUUGUACAUCCUGCACUCUUUCUAUGAUGAUGAUGUAAAAUCGCUGAUCUCAAUUUGUUCAUCUUUAAUGACCACUAGUUUUUACGAAGGGUUUUAUCUAGAUUUUCUAAAAUGCUUGUAUUGAUGCUGUAAAAUGUAUAUUGACAUGCUUUCUGUUUUCUGUUAACCGCACAGUUAAAUGACCAAACUUUAUAAAGUGCAAGCUUGUUAGUGUGCAAGGGAUAGUUUAGUUAGUUUUCUUUUUGUUUUAAUAUGUAAAGAAGAGAGUGGUGUCCGCUACUGUUUGUUGAAACCAAUAGGUAUCUGUUGAACUUGUGUCAAGAGUCUCUUUGUCAACUCAGUAUUCGGGAGUGACGUUUGAUCAUUUUUACUCCAGCUAUGCUCUAGAACAGCCAAUGGUUCAGACAUCGAGAUAAAGGUGUUAAUGUUAUUAAUUGCACUGUUUCAGGUUGAUUCGUUUUAAAUAUUUUGAAAGAAAUGGUUUGCUCUAUAGUAAUGUAAUAUCAUUGUUUUUAUAUAUCAAAAUCAAUGUCAUACUUUUAAAUCUAAUAAAGAUCUUGAAAAGAACACACAGACAAAAUGUCCAGUUGAUAUCUACAGUCUUUUGGCUUGCAUUGUUUGCUUAAUGAUUAUAGGGGUGGAAAAAUUCUAAUCAAAAAUUCAUUUUUACUUUGCUAAAAUGAUAAUCGUGACUUGACCAGACUGUGUAUUUUAUACUUUGUUGGUAUUUAUUUGAUGCAGCAGUAGAGUUUAGUAUUUUUGUUAAAUUAAGAGAAAAGUCUUUCUUUCUUUCUCUCUCUUUCUUUCUUUCUUUCUUUCUCUCUUAUCUGCAGACAUGUUUUCCAUGACUGUCCACAGCCAGCUACACUUCAUAGUGUGAAAACCAUAGAAAUGUCAUAAUAAAAUAUGUAUGAAUAUA